AUGAGCGGUGCAAUUGCCCUCGCACCAACGCCGAAAACGGAAACCUUCCCACACGACGAGCCAAAUGAGGGCGAAGAAAACGACCCUUUGAUCGUAGAAGAUGUCGCUGAAGAUUCCCAAUACGCUGUGCUAGAUUCCGACAACAUUCGGCCUGAAGAUCGCAUGGGGGACAAUUUCGCACAAAUCGCUGCAUACGCCUUCCUUCUGGGAACUUGGUUGAUCGUCUUCGUGAGCAACCCCGUCAAGCUCGGGUGGUUCUUUUGGCAUCCCAUACUCCAAAGUCUAUCCAUCUGCCUGUUGGCGUAUGGCAUCGUAACACUUCAACCGACUUCGCAGCCAAGAACAAAGGCGGCAGGCCUUGCUCGCCAUCAAUAUGCCAUACUCUGGGGCAGCUUUCCUGCACUAUUACUCGGCACGCUGGCCAUCUGGUGGAACAAGACUCUGCACGGGUCGCGUCAUGCGACGACAUGGCACGGCAUUCUGGGCUACAUCAGUGUGUUCUGGGUAGUAGUCGUCCAAGUCUUCAUCGGCAUUGGCAGUGUCUGGUUUGACGGGCGUCUCUUCGGGGGCAACCCCAAAGCCAAGCUUGUCUGGAAGUAUCAUCGUCUUUCUGGAUACCUGCUGUUUCCCUUGCUGUUGCUCACGGUGUUUUUGGGAGGCCUCUGGUCACACUUCUCUACCGGGAACACGGUGCUCGCUGUGCGUAUCGUGUUGUUUGGCGUAGCGCCGCUGGUGCUUCUGGUCGCUGUUUACGUGCGAGUGAGGUAUGUCGUCAAGAUGAUUCAGAAUCUCCGGUACUGA